AUGUCGUACAUCUAUGUGGAGGAAAGCGACCUGGCGUGGGCCGCCCAGCAGGGCCUGGUCGCGCCCAACGAGGCCACCGCGCUGUGGCCCGCCCUUGUCAAGAGGACGCAGGGCAGGGGCAACCUCAACCUGGCGCAGGUGGCCUUCUACGCCGGCUCGCUGCUCAUCAUCGGCGCCCUCAGCUGGUUCAUGACGGUCGUGUGGGCGUCGAGCGAGUUCCUCUUCUUCUUGGCCCUGGCCUACAGUGCCGUUUUCGGCGCGGGCGGCGUCAAGCUGUGGUUCGAUGGGCAGGCGCAGUACGGCGUCCCGCAAGCGGUGGGCGGCCUCUUCGUCACCAUCGCCGUGGCCGUGGCGCCCAUUGCCACCUACGCCGCCCAGCGCUACUUCAACGAAUGGCCGAUUAGUGGUGGAAUCUUGAUCGAACUGACGCUUGUGGCGGGUGGCGCGCUUGCCUUCUACUUCAUCCGGUUCCCGUUCCUCACAGCCCCCAUCGCGGCCGGCCUCUAUGGCAUGUCCACCGUCGAUCUGUCCCAAGCCAUCUGGCACCAUCCCUCCGUGACGCAGAUCUGCCUGCUGUCCUUUGCAUUCGGUCUCGCGAUGGACGCCGUCGCUUUCGGAAUCGAUCGCCAGAAGUUCAAGCAGGAUUACGGCUUCUGGCUCUACCUCUUCGGCACCGCCUCCAGCUUCGGCGCUCUCACCUGGCUCUUCGGCAUCGGCUCCGCCCUGCUCGGUCCCUACAACUGCGGCUACGCCAUCUUCUCGGCCCUCUACAUCAGCCUGGUCGUGUUCGGUUCUCUGGGCGAGGCCGCCUUCGUGCUCUGGCUCACGAACGACCUGUUCUACGACUCGUGGUCGUACCCCUUCGUCCUGACCGCCGUCGGCCUGCUCAUCAUCUUCAUCGGCAUUCAGGUCCAGAAGUACAUCUCGAACCAGACUGAGGCUGCCCAGCAGAAGGAGGCCGCGGAGGCCGCCUCGGCUCAGCCCUACCAGCCGCUCUACACGUCGGACGCCAAGGAGAUGCAGUUCAUGCCGGCCCACUACAUGCCGCUCCACAUGCAGGCGCCGCCGCAGCCCUUCUUCUUCGCCAUGCCCGCCGCCGCCCCCGUCGUUGCGCAGGCCAAGACCGAAGACGUCUGA